AUGGAUAACGGCAGGCAGUUUGAUUCGAAAGUCUUCAGGGAAUUCGGCAUUCACCUCAAGAUCAACCUGUUCUUUGCUUCGCCAGCUCACCCCCAAUUGAACGGCCAGGUCGAAGCAAUGAAUAAAAUUGUCAAGAAGCUAUUGAAACGACAGCUUAACAAAGACAAAGGAGCCUGGCCGGAGAAGCUUCCAGAGGCGUUAUGGGCCAUCCAGACAUCCUACCGAACGGCAACCGGGGAAACACCGUUCUCCAUGGCUUUUGGCUCGAAAGCGGUAGUCCCAGUGGAAAUCGGAGAGCCUUCCUACCGAACGGAAGCUUUCAGACCAAAGGCGAAUGAGGAGGCGCUCGCCUUAAGCCUCGACCUGCUCAAAGAACGCCGAGCACAAGCCAACCUUCGGGACGAAGCUUACAAGCAGCGCGUCUCUCGAUACUAUGACUCCAGGGUCAGACCCUGCUCUUUCCGAAUUGGAGACUGGGUCAUGUGA